AUGCGCCCAUCAGGUACUGAAAUAUCAUUUGAAAUCGGUGGAUGUGUGAAUAAAACAACAAAUACAUCAGUAUUUCCAAUUGGAUCUCGAUGUGCUUCACAAUCUUGUCAAAAUGGUGGUAUUUGUUUUGAUUUUUCAUCGGCUGAUGGUUAUCUUUGUCAGUGUCCUUAUGCAAAUAAGGAUCUUCAUUGUCAUCUUCUUUACAAGCCAUGCCCUGAAUCGGAAUGUGGUGGCAGAGUAGGAAGAUUUGUUCCAUGGUGCAAGCCUUAUACAAAUGAUAUGGCUCUUGAUUACGUUUGCUUUUGUUAG